AUGAUUUCUGAAAUUGAAAGUGCUAAUAGCAGCACAAGCUCUCCUUCAUAUUCCCCUCAAGCUUCAAAUAUUAUUCCUAGCAUUUCUGAACUCUUCAACAUAGCUAAUUUAAACUUGACUAUUUCUAAACCAACCACAACCCCAAACAACAGCCCGAUCCAAAUGUCAGUUCAAACUGCAAAUUCACUUUCACUGCUACACUUGGCCCAAAUGCAACAAAUUUUUCAACAAACUACCGAAAAUAUGGCGCUUAUACGUCUGGCUAUAACUGCCGAGAAAGCAGCAAUGGCCAAGGAAAUGACUAGAAUUGGGCAGCUUAAACUAGGAAAAAAUUUAGAAUUGAAGCAGAAUAAUAUUAAAAUGAAGGAUAAAAAUUUAAAAGCCUAUGAUAAUCCUCUAAGCGAAGGAAAUGACUGCUUAAAUGACGAUAAAAGUAGGAAAGACUUUUUUACACGCUGUGGAAUAACCUGGAAGUAUUUAACUUCAACACGGUCAAUUGAAGAGUUUGACGAACUUCGACGUAGGCAACAGGUAAUUUUUGAAAAUUUUUAUUUAUACGCGUAUAUAUGUUAA